AUGAGUGUUCGACUUACAGGGAACUUUACAAGACUUCAGUCAUCUUAUGUGACUCGAUUGUUUCCGUAUCAGUUUUCGAGAUUUGGUUUUCAGAUUGCAAGACAGUCUACAGUUUCCAAUCCUCAACCUCAAAAUGACAAACCCAUUGCAGAAAAUGAGCUUGGAACUUUUCUUGCUGAAACUAUAAAGGCAAAAGGCCCCUUGUCUUUAGCUGUGUUUAUGAGACAAUGUCUAACUAACCCUCAUGGUGGUUAUUAUAUCAACAAAGACCCAUUUGGCAUGGGUGGUGAUUUCGUCACUUCGCCCGAAAUCUCCCAAAUGUUUGGCGAGCUUGUUGGUAUCUGGCAUUUGGCUCAGUGGAUGCAACAACAUAGACAACCUUGCCGACUGGUGGAGCUUGGCCCUGGUCGUGGUACUCUUAUGUCGGAUGUUUUACGAUCGUCAAAACCGUUUCGCCCGUUUGCCAAUGCCAUUAAAGAAAUUUACAUGGUGGAGGCUAGUCCAACUUUGCGUGGAAUGCAACACAAGAAGCUCUGCGGUAGCACUCCCUUAGAACAAGUUUCCGAUAAGUCACUUUGGAAGUCAGUCACAAACUACGGUAUCCCGAUUUACUGGACUGAAGACAUUCGCGGUAUUCCUAAUGACGGACUUUCUAACUUUAUUACAGCACAUGAAUUUUUUGACGCGUUACCAAUUUUACAGUUUGAAAAGGUUCUUGAUGAUCCUGGAGCUUCUUCAAUGCUUGUUAAGGAUCGUCAGUCGUCAUGGAGGGAAAUGGUUGUGGAUUACAUGGUUCCUGAUGUCAAGUCCCAAGAAUCCCAAAUUAUUUUGCCCAACACUACUGUAAUCAAGUCUACUGAGAAAUCUUCCACUGCAGAUGCUAAACCCGUUUUCCAGCUUGUUACCUCCAAGAUUGCUAGUGCAGCUGCUCGUAUCAUUCCCAAAAGUCAUCCCCGUUACGAGUCAUUGCCACCAGGAUCUAAGUUUGAGGUGUGUCCCGAAGCAUGGGACAUUACUGAAAAGCUUACAUCGUACAUAGUACCCAAUGAGAUCAAUCCCAAACGUGGAGGAGCUAUGUUGUUUGUUGAUUACGGUCCAGCAGAUACCAUUCCCAUCAACACUCUACGUGGUAUCAAGGAUCACAAGUUUGUCAACCCUUUUGAAAAUCCAGGUGAAUGUGACUUGUCCACCGACGUCGACUUCCAGGCACUUAAAAUUGCAGCUACCAGACAUCAUGGUGAUCAUGUGGCAGUUUACGGACCUGCUGAGCAGGGCGAUUGGCUGCACACUAUGGGAAUUGGUGCCCGAGCUACAGUGCUGGCUCAAGGUCAGCACACUCCUGAGGGAAAGAAACGUGUGGAAGAUGCUUAUAACAGACUAACUGAAAAAUCUGGAGGUGCUAUGGGUCGACUCUAUAAAGUGAUGGGUAUUGUUCCCAAGAGUCAGCCUAUUCCCGUUGGGUUUGGGGGUGAUAUUUAA